AUGGGCUGGGGGGAUUUGGGAGCUUUUGGAGAGCCUUCCAAGGAAACCCCUAACCUGGACCAGAUGGCUGCAGAAGGGAUGCUGUUCCUGGAUUUCUACACUGCCAGCCCCCUCUGCUCUCCCUCAAGGGCAGCCCUGCUGACGGGCCGGCUCCCGGUCAGGAACGGCUUUUACACCACCAAUGGACACGCCAGGAACGCAUACACACCACAGGACAUAGUAGGAGGAAUCCCAGAUUCUGAAUUACUGCUUCCAGAGCUCCUGAAGAAAGCUGGUUACACCAAUAAGAUCAUUGGCAAAUGGCACUUGGGGCACAGGCCCCAGUUCCACCCGCUGAGGCACGGCUUUAUACUAUGAAGAUUUCAAAAUUGAUCUGAAGACAGGUGAAUCCAACUUGACUCAGCUCUACCUGCAGGAAGCUCUGGAUUUUAUUAGCAAGCAGCAGGCCAGCCAGCAGCCAUUCUUUUUAUACUGGGCAAUUGAUGCUACCCACGCUCCUGUUUAUGCCUCCAAACAGUUCCUGGGCACGAGUCAGAGAGGGCUGUAUGGGGAUGCUGUGAGGGAGAUUGAUGACAGCGUUGGGAAAAUCCUGAAGCACCUCCAGCAGCUGGGCAUCAGUGAGAACACCUUUGUGUUCUUCACCUCUGAUAACGGGGCUGCUCUCAUUUCAGCUCCCAAGCAAGGAGGAAGCAAUGGGCCUUUCCUGUGUGGCAAACAAACCACCUUCGAGGGUGGCAUGAGGGAGCCGGCCAUCGCCUGGUGGCCCGGCCACAUCCCUGCAGGAGGGGUCAGCCAUCAGCUGGGCAGUGUGAUGGAUCUGUUCAGCACCAGCCUCUCCCUGGCGGGUCUGCAGCCUCCCAGUGACAGACAGAUUGAUGGCAUCGACCUUUUACCUGUCAUCCUGCAGGGCAAGCUCAUUGACAGGCCCAUUUUCUAUUAUCGUGGCAACGAGCUGAUGGCAGUGAGAGCUGGGCUCUACAAAGCUCACUACUGGACCUGGAGCAACUCCUGGGAGGAGCACAGCAAG